AGAAAGAACAACAAAAAGGAGUGUUUGUUGUAAAUAAAACAAUAUCAAUGAUUUUUUAAUCAGCAUUUAUUGGAGUCUCCGUAAGGACGUAAUAUUAUACUCAGAUCAAAAUUUAUCAACGUUAGAGAUUUAGACAUAAGAUAUAGCUAAAAGUUCACAUAAAAAAAUGAAGCACUUGAAAAUACUCUCAAUAUUCAUAAUCAUUACAACGACAACAUGGAAUGUUGGAUGUGAAAUGUUCACAGCAGUAACUGAUAUGGAAGGAGUGCUAGAGACUGAAAGUGUAUUGAUAAAUAAUUUAGAAGGUUACAUAAAAGCACAGGAAGAAAAAUUAGAUUUUUUAAGAAAGAAAGUGCUGGAAUACCAAAGAGAACAUGAUUCAGCAGCAAAUGAUGUUUCAGAAUAUCUACUUAAUCCAAUCAAUGCAUACUUAUUAACAAAAAGAUUGACAACUGAUUGGCGGGAAGUAGAACGUGUAAUGACACUUGAUGUUGGAUCGCAAUUCGUUCAAAAUGUCUCUGACUACAGAAACAUAAUGAAGUUCCCAACUGAUGAGGAUCUGGCAGGUGCAGCAAGUGCAUUGAUUCGUCUUCAAGAUACAUAUGGCAUGAAAACGGAGGAAAUUGCACGUGGUAAAUUGAAUGGAGUUCAAUUUAGUAUUGAGAUGUCGAGUGAAGAUUGCUUUGAAAUUGGCAGACAAUCUUACAUCAAUAGUGAUUUUCGUCAUACGAUUUUAUGGAUGAAUGAAGCAUUAAAUCGUCUCAAUAAUGAUUCCAAUCUGAAUCGAGCGGAUGUUCUUGAGUAUCUAGCAUUUUCUACAUUUAAAGAGGGCAGAGUAAGAGAUGCAUUAGAGAUGACGCAUGAACUACUUGAAUUAGCACCAGACCAUAGACGUGCUCUUGGCAAUAAGAACUAUUAUGAGAAAGAAUUGAUGAAAUUAAAUCUGAAAUCAGAGCUUCGCGGUGAUGAUGGAACGAAUGAUGUCCCAGUUGAUGACUCUGUCGAGUUCCAUUACAUCAACAAUCCAUACAAUUAUGAUAUACCCGAACGAAAGAUGUAUGAACUUGCAUGUCGUGGUGAAUUACGUCCACUUGAUAGUAUUGUAAAGGACCUUAAAUGUAGUUAUGUAGACAAUGGAGUUCCAUUCUUAAAAAUUGCUCCAUUAAAACUCGAACAAAUAUCUCACGAUCCAUACAUUGUCGUGUAUCACAAUGUCAUGUAUGAUAGUGAGAUUGAAAUUAUUCAGCAAAUGGCAAAGCCGAGAUUUAGGCGCGCAACAGUACAAAAUCACAAGACUGGUGAAUUGGAAACAGCAAACUAUCGUAUCAGUAAAUCAGCAUGGCUGAAAGACUCUGAACAUCAAGUUAUUGCAACCGUUGUACAACGAGUAAAGGACAUGACUGGUCUCUCUAUGGAUACAGCAGAAGAGCUACAAGUUGUAAACUAUGGCAUAGGAGGGCAUUAUGAGCCACAUUAUGAUUUCGCUCGCAAAGAGGAAACAAAUGCAUUUAAAAAUCAUGAAGGUGGCAACAGAAUCGCAACGGUGAUAUUUUACAUGAGUGAUGUUACGUUAGGUGGUGCAACAGUUUUUCCAGCACUACGUACAUCAUUAUGGCCUGAGAAAGGUGCAGCUGGUUUCUGGUUUAAUUUGCGACGUUCAGGACAAGGAGAUUAUAAGACACGACAUGCAGCGUGCCCCGUUAUUGUUGGAUCAAAAUGGGUAUCGAAUAAAUGGAUACACGAACGUGGUCAAGAAUUUAUACGUCCAUGUGCUCUUGAACCGGACCAUGAUAUGGAAUUUUAGACAAACAAAAAAAUAACUUAAAGAAAAAAUUUUAAGAAAAUGAGAUGAAAAACUUUUUUGUAACCCCAAAAGCAACCUGAAUGAACAUAACUGACGAUGAUGAUUUAUAAAUAGAUUAUAGAUAAAAAAUUAAAUUCUUAUAUUUGAUAUCAGCAAAAUAAUUUGAGGUUGAUCAAAUUUCGAGUGAUGUAAGAUUUGAGGCGGCAGUCUUAUCGAUUAUUGGAAAUUUCAUAAAAUGAGUCUCGAUUUGUGUCAAAAUUUCGAAUAUAAAAUUUAUUGCCAUAUCAGUAGGUUUUAGUCAUCAAAAUUAUUUCGCUUAACCGAAUCUGUUCCUGAACAUGCUAUUGAUUAAAAAUAUUGAAGACUGCCUGGAUAUUAAAAAGUACUAUUUUAAACUUUAUGUCACUCAAAAUUUAAUAAUUUUAAGAAUUUUAUACAGGAUGAGAUUUUGCGCAAUCAAUGCCAAUGUCUCGAUGCCAUAUGACAUUUUUUGUAACAUUACCAAAAAGAUACUGAUUUUAUUUAAUAAGGAAAUGAAUAAUAUAAUAAAAUAAAAAAUCUCU